AUGGACCACAAACUUUAUUUUGUAGUUUUCUGCUUAAUUUCAGCAGUAUUAGCAGUGCCAAAGGAGGAAGUUCAUUCAGAAAAAAGAGUACAUAAUAAGGAAUUAAGUGAUAAAGAACAUUUCGAAAAUGAACACCACAACCCUGAAUAUGACCACGAAGCUUUCUUGGGAGCAGAAGAAGCAAAAACUUUCGAUCAACUGCCCCCCGAAGAAAGCAAAAGGAGACUGGGAAUAAUAGCUGACAAAAUUGAUGUCAACAAUGAUGGAUUUAUCAACAGAGAAGAACUCAAAGAUUGGAUCAGAUUUACUCAGAAACGCUACAUUACUGAGGAUGUUGACAGGCAGUGGAAACAACAAAACCCUGAUGAUAAGCCAACCCUACCAUGGGAGAGGUACCAAACAUUGGUCUAUGGUUUUCUAGAAAAUAUGGAUCCAGCAGAAAUAGAAAAUGAUAGUACAGGCUUCUCAUACAAGAAGAUGAUGGCCAGAGACAAGAGACGUUGGAAGACUGCAGACAAAGACCAGGAUGGUGAAUUAAACAAAGAAGAAUUUGCUGCUUUCUUACAUCCUGAAGAAAAUGACUAUAUGCGUGAUCUGGUUGUUCAAGAAACGAUGGAAGAUAUCGACAAAGAUAAAGAUGGCAAAAUUUCAGUGGAAGAAUAUAUUGGAGACAUGUACAGAAGCGACGAGAACGAAGAAGAACCUGAUUGGGUAAAGAGCGAGCGCGAACAGUUCAACACCUACCGCGACAAAGACGGAGAUGGUUACAUGGACGAAGAAGAGAUCAAAAACUGGAUAUUACCCCAAGAUUUCGACCACGCCGAAGCUGAAGCAAGACAUUUGAUCUACGAGGGAGACUCUGACGCUGACGAGCAACUAACCAAAGAAGAAGUUUUGGCCAAAUAUGAUCUUUUCGUUGGAUCUCAGGCUUUAGAUUUCGGCGAGGCUCUGACCAGACACGACGAAUUUUAA